AUGCGCAUGCUCCAGGAACAGGAGGCAUACUCCAAACUUUUCUACACAACUUGUGUUCAGCCAACUGUUAAAGGAUCCCUGGAGAAAGCUGCUCAAGAACACAGGUCACUUACCAAUGGCGAACAUGUCGCUCUUGUGAAGAAGGAGACUGUGAUGUUAUAUGCCCAGGAGUUGCCUGAUAUCAAGGACCAAGUGAAGCAGUAUCUCGAAGACCAGAAGCAGCAGAAAAUCCAAGAUAAGCAAAUCAGACGCAGGCAGAUGCCUGAUUACUCAUGCCAAAGCCCCAAGGCCUUAUACCUAAUGCACGCACAUGCAGAUCUCGAAUCCACAAGUUCUGCAACCAGUGCUCAAUCCAUCAGUGGACAUGCAUCCUCGCAGGAGUAUGACACUCUCCAGCAAAGUUUAUUUAAGCCGUUCAAUGACUCCUUGAACACGCUGCCAAAUGUGGCUGUAGCCCCCACACUGGGUCCGAAAAUGAGCUGUCGCAAACGGGCGCGGGAGAAUUCUGAUGAGAAUAUCCCAUGUAUAGAGUCGGAAACUCUUGAAGCACGGAAGCGAUGUGCUACAUCUAGCUUAUUUAGCGACUCGUAUGCUGAAGCUGUGGGUGCUGGCUAUUUGAAUCUCAGAGUCGCACUCAAAUUAAUUCUGAAUUCUUGCAGGGUUCUUCCUGCCAUGAACUUCAAUUCCAAAUUCCAUGGCUCAAAGACUAUAUUCAGGAUGCGUCCCCACAGUCGAUCCCCCCCCGUUACCACAUUCAAUCGAGAACACGAGCGUUCAGAGCAUGAUCCUGUGCUCCCUCCUGCUGAGGAAGCUAUGCACCAUGCUCCUACAGAGUCAGUAAAUAAGCGCUCACUUGGUCAGCAGCGCCGUCGUGCACGUGAACGUGCAGAAAAGGAGCGCAGCCGCCAGGUAGCCACACCAAUUGCAUCCAAUGAACCACGUGUGCUAUCUGUACCAAGGGCGGAGCCACAGACUCCAGGAGUGCAUAUGGAUGUAGAUAUUCCCUUCCACUCGCAAUUGGAGCAUGAACAUGCUGAAGAGCAGAUCGAGCAUGGGCAACCUCAUCAUCAUGAGCAUGAGCCCCUCGAACAGCACCCUUUAUGUGGGGCAGAUGUCCUUGCUCGACCUCACCCACCACUGUGA